UAAUAUCACGCAAAGCUCAAAGCAAAGCCAUACCGAUACCACGCCUUAGCCCAGGCACUGCAUUGAUGUAAAGCUGAGCCAUUGGACGGCAGUUCCUGACAGCAAGAAUCACAAGCUGACAGUCACCACGACGGCGCAUUGUAGCAUAACGCUUUACCAGAAGUGGCCACCGGUCACUGUACCUACCUGUGAGUGGAAAACGGGAGGUGCUUCACCAAGAGCAAAUCAUUCCUGUAGUCUCAUACCUACAGGCUGAAUAAAUAAUACCAAAAUGGGUAACACAGCAGCCAAGCGGGAUGGCAAGGACGGCUCGUCUCUGUCUCCCACCAAGGAGUCCAUGUCAUCAUCCUUUGACUUCAAGACGGGCAAGAUACCCAUCAUCCAGCAGGCUUCUCUAGAUGACAGUAUUGAUCUUCCUGCCGGUAGAUUCAGGGAAUUGAUGCGUGAUGAUGGUCCCGAUGGCCGGCCUCGGACAGCGACCCUGUUGGAGCAGCCCUACGUGGACCCCAGUGCGCUGCCUGUGGUGUUUCGUUGGGAAGGGGGCGGCAAGUCUGUGGCUGUUGCAGGAUCAUUCAACAAUUGGAAUACCAAGAUUCCAAUGAUCAAGAGUCAGGGUGAUUUCACAGCCAUCGUUAAUCUUCCCGAGGGUCAGCAUGAGUACAAGUUCUAUGUGGAUGGACAGUGGAUCCACAAUCCACGCCAGAUGCGAACCUCACCCGAAUCGGACGAACCUCUGCAGAGCAACACAUUUGGGACUGUCAACAACUUCAUCAGUGUCUCCAAGUCCGACUUUGAAGUAUUUGAGGCUCUUGCCAUAGAUUCAGAGAGGGAAAAAGGCGUGGACAUGUCGGGCUCACCUCCUGGGGACUACAAUCAGGAUAUCCCUAGCCAAGAACUACAGCAACGUACCACCGGUCCUCCCAUCCUGCCCCCUCAGCUCCUCCAAGUCAUACUCAACAAGGACAUCGGACCCCAGUAUGAGCCAGCGCUAUUGCCUGAACCAAACCAUGUUAUGUUGAAUCACCUGUAUGCCUUGUCAAUAAAAGAUGGAGUAAUGGUGCUUAGUGCGACACAUCGCUAUCGAAAGAAAUAUGUGACAUCUCUUUUGUACAAGCCAAUAAACUAGCUCUAAUACUUACUAUAUUGUGUAUUAUAAAUAUGAAUAUAAAAAUAUAUAUAUAUAUCAGUGUGGAUUUCUUGUGUACUGUAUUUUGAAAGAUUUUAAACCAGACAAAAUCUCUAGUGGCGCAAAUCUUCCAUGCAAAAGAGUUUAUCUUUGAAAAAAAAUUGUAUUGUACAAAUAUGUUUGUCUUGUAUGAAUGUUCAACUAUCUUGAAAAGAAAGUUAUCAUGUGACUGUCAUUACUUAAUUGAAAUGUACUACUCCCAAGUACAUAUUCUUGUUUUAAAUUGAAUUUCUUGUCCAAAUAUUGAAAUUAGCUGAAUUCCCUAUCAAGCAUAUUGAAGGAGGGUUUGUUUUACUUCCUUCAGUGUUAUUAUUGUUGUAUUUGCAAAUCAACAAAUUUCCGUGUUUUUUUUCCUUUAAUGAUUGGGAGAACCUUUUGGAAGGCUCUCAUAAAACACAUUUAUUUGGAACAAUUUAUCCAGAGCCUUGAAUUAAGCCGACAGGUUCACCACUUGUAUAAAAUGUUGUCGAUGGUUAUAGUGUAAAUGUGGUAUCAUUCCUGUGAGCUACCAGUAUCCAUCAUGUCUAACAAUUCUUGAAUGGUGUAUUGACAUGAGGUUGUAAUCGCAGUGUUUUUCUCUUUAUUUUUGACAUGUCAACAGUGAAUGGUUGUAUAUCCCUGGUUUGUGGACACCCUUUCAUAUACUUCGUAAUUGUUUCCCUUUUUGAUAAGAACUGUUAAUCUUUUGUGAUUGUUGUAAUGGUGUUUGGAGCAUACCGUGUAGCCAAUCUGCUUUCAUGCCUUCUGUCUGUAAUGAGAUUAGCACAUGAGCUGCAAACCUUUUCUGAAAUACUUUGUUAGAAAAAUAAAAUGUGUCGUUAGCUAGUAGUUUGUAGUUCUUAAGGGGAUGUAUGAUAUAGUUUUGCUUUAGAAUGUUGAACAUCUGCUCUUUGAUUGUCAUGCUUUCAAAGAUGUACCUCACUUUAUUGAUCUCGUGCUUAGCAUCUGGUGGUGAACGACAUAAGCAUGAGAAUUGAGAACGUCAACGAGGUAAAGGAGCUAUCCGUUUUGAAUAUAUAAUUUCAAGCUAAAGACAUUUGGCCCAAAAUGUUUUAUUGGAGGAUGGAUGAUGUGAGACAAAGCAGGAAAAAUCUUCUUGGGUAUUUUUUCCAAGGAUAUGACUGCAUGGUUUCAUUCCAGAAACGGCUGUCAAGUGCAGGAGAGACCUAAACACUGACUUGGUGACUAGGUACUUUUACAUACCGUAUGCAUGGUAGUGUGUGAUGAUGGUAGUAGGCCAAAAUGGAAAGUUUCAAGUUCAGAAGACCACUUCUUAAUUGGAAGCGAAGGAUUGCUCACUAUUUACUUUGCACGUUUUGACAAAUGUUAUGGCAGGAAUGAUUUGGUGCUGAUUCUCGUCAUCUGCUAUUAAAAGAAUGUGUACAGUCGUGAUAUCAAUCCAGUACUACAAUGUCAUGUACCAGACCAAAAUCUUUCAGUGUUCAUGAGCCAAGAAUAGGAUUGUGCGCUAUUCUCACAAGAAAAAUCUAGAUGUGCACUCAUCUGCUUUAAUAUAGGCAUAGAAUGUGAAAGUUAGGCUUCCUUUUCUUCUUUUAUUUUUUUGUUGGUAUAAAUUUCAUUUUCUUGGAAUAUUAAGAAUGUAUUGAAAUUACACAUUUCAGUAGUGCAGGAAAAACUUAAUUGAUAUACUUUUUGUUCAUUUAUGACAAUUUUUCUUUUAGUGCAAUCAUUGUUAAACAGUGCAUUAUAUGUUAUCUGUAAGAAUCUUUAAUGAGAAUUAUUAGGUAGUGCACAAGGAAAUUCAAAGAGCUAGAUGAAAUUCUUGAUAUCAUUUUAAAGUUUUUUGCACAGGAUGGGAUAGGAGCGAUACGACCUUCGCUUUCCACUUCCUGCUUGGAAUUUAGUAGAGGAUACUCUGGUAUUGGAAUAGUUGAAAUGUCACAUUUUUUUUAUUAAGAAAGAAAAAGAUUUUUUUCUACUUGGCUUUCAUGUGGGCAUAUUGAGCUGUGGAAGCAUCCCUCACCUGGUAUUUAUGAAGACGUAACAUUUAGAAUAUCAUCGCAUUCGGGUGUUUUGUUUACACAAAAUAUGUCUGUGGUACUAGAUGUGUAUCGAGUGAUGGGAAAGGAUUCUCCCGACAUGAAAUUAAGAUUAGGGUGACGCAAAACUUGUCAUUUCUCAAAAGGGUGGCGCAACCAAAAAGGUAUUUGUACAAAAGUGUAUGGACUAUAUUUGAUAGUGAUAUUGCUCUAGAGAAUGUGCCUACAAACUGCCAGUAAGAAAUUUGUAGGAUGAAUCAAAAUAAUUAUUUCCUCCUUUUCUUUCUAAA